AUGGAAUGUGUGAAAUUAGAAUUGCAUGAAAGAAAGCAAAUAGACGAUGUAAUUAACUUCUUCACCUAAACAAGCGAAGUAAAUGCCCUUGUAGGGGAUGAUGAUUAAUAUGAAAACUAUCUCAAGCAAUCUAUAGUGUAAAAAGGCAAUAAAUUUUCUUAAGAAUUUGGAAAAUAAUAAAAUUAAAAUUAGACUGAAAACUAUCAAAGAAGCAAUUUAAAUGCUCAAACAGAUGAUUACUAAAUUUGUUAGACCAAGCAUAAUUAUCAAUCAACUAGCUUACCUGGGCUACCUCCUAUUUAGAGCAAGAAUAAAAAUUAAUUGGUAUUGCUUUAGUUAAGACAUAACUCUAGAUAAGGUGUUACUUUCAAUGAAGGUAAGAUUGUUAAUCCAUUUAUGGAUGACUAUGCUUCAGACCAAUAGUAGUAAUAACAGAAUAGCAUAAAAUAUCAAUAAUAAUAGAUUUAAACCUAGACAGUUCCGAUGAGUCGUGCUGGGUCUAAAAGAAAUAUUUUUGAAUUUAUGAAAAAUACAUUAGCAUCUACCAAGAUUAACAAUAUGUAAGUGUAUUAAACUAGCAACAAUCAUUUUCAAACUGAAAAAGAGAAAGACAGGAAAAUUAGUGUUCAAUAAAAUAGAGUAAAAACAUCUUAGAGCUAGAAGAGGAACCCAUUGUAAAAUGUCAAAUCUGAUAUCAAUAUUAAGAUAAAAGCAAAAGUACUUGCCAAGGAAAUCCCAUUGUAUUCUUCAUAAUAAUAUUUAACUCAAUAAAACAAUUAAUCUCGAGAAAUUUAAAGUAGAUCAAUCACAAAUCAAUCUAAUUCCUUCAAAUAGAGUCUUUCUUAGUCCAAUAAGACCUCCUCAACUCUUAGAAAAACCAGUCAUAAGCUAGUACUCACUAAGGAAAGAGGCCUAAUAAAAUCUUUACUCCAUUAAAGAAAAUAGAAAAUACAACUGAUCGAGAUACUGCAAUAAAUUCAACUUCAUAAAAGUAGAGUUAAAUUCAAAGAAGUUUUAUCAUGCAAAGAAGAUUAGAAUUUAUUGCAAGUUUCUACGAUUUAAAGCCCUCUCUCAAUUGAGGAUCGUAUCUAAUCAGCAUCUUAUGAUUAAUCAGAUAUCAACACAAAAAGAAGUAGUCUGCUGACUGGGCAAAUUGAGUUCUCAACAGAUGCUGAUUAAUUUUAUCAUUCUUAGUAAAAUACAAAUAGAAGAUCAAAAUAACUAAGCUACCUAGAAUAAAUUGAUAGUUUAAACUAAAAAACUAAGUAUAAUGAUUUACAAAAACAUAAUCAUAAUAGUUAAGAUCCUGAGAGCUAUGAUUUUUAGAGUGAAACAAUAAGCCAUCUAAGAUCAACUAUUUAAGAUCAUAAGUAGUAUCAACCUUAGCCAAUAGAUCUUAUCAUUAAAAAACAGAGUAAUUAUUAGACUAAUCCAAUUUCUGAACCUUAAGAUUAAAAGAUGAUAGUUAUAUUUUAGGAUGGCCAAUGGAUAAAGAGUAGAGCAGAUUUAAAAUCUCAACAAAUAAACCAACGAUAAAGCCUUCCUGAGAAUGGUGGUAAUAAUAAAAAUUAAUUGACACAUAUUCUUUAAUAAAAUGUUGCAUGCCCAGUUAUUAAUUAAAGUGAAAGAAAUUAAUCAGAUAUCAAAAUAAGACCUAAAACUAACUAAUCAUCAGCUAGUCUACAUAAUAAAUGUCCUAAUCCGCAAUAGUUUAUUUUCGAUUCUGGAGUUAUUGAUUAUUCAUAGCUAUAUAAGAGCUUUUAUGAUAUCUUCAUGAUACCUCAUAUUUAGAAUCGAUAAUACUCAAGCUAGAAAAGUUUCAUUGGAAAUAUCAAGGAUUUAAAAUAGAUUAUUGUUGAAAACUAAAAGCUAUAUUCCACAUUUUCACAAUUAAUCUAUUUGCAAGACAACGAUGAUAUCUAGCUAUCAAACUUUCAAGGUAUCUAAGGAGGGUAAUUAGGGAAUUAAGGUAUGGAAUCUAGGACUAUUUAAGCUGUAUAGAUCAAACAAAGAUAUCAAAAAUUAAAAUAAAAUCUUUCGAUCUAAAAUUUUGGUGCCUUUGAUACAAAUCAUAAUGUGUCCUCUCCUAGUAAUGGUAGUAGGGCUCCAGAUUUUAGAAUAGACUAGCUAAUUGAUCUUAAUCGAUAGGCAGAACUAUAUUUUAGAGUAGUUAAGGAAAAACCUGAAGUAUAUGAUAUCAUAACUUUGGUUUUUGGAAGAUAAUUUAGUGAUAAGUGGAAAGAACUGCCUCAUGGUGUUGAAUUGACGUAGAGCUGGAAUUUGCUAUGGACUUGGUCCAAGAUAAAAUCUUCACUUGAUAAUUUAUUAGUUUGGCAGCGGUUUAAUCACUAUCCAGAAAAUAAAAAUAUAACCAGGAAAGAUCUGCUAAAAAAGAACAUAGAAAAAGUAUAGAAAAUUUGUAAGAAAUCGAAAUAGUUAUUUGACAUAAUUCCUAUGACUUUCAUAUUACCACAAGAAUACACUCAGCUUUUGUAAUCUUUUCAUCAAGCAGAAAAGGAGGAUGGCCCUUAGUUAAAUUAUUGGAUAGUAAAACCUCCUGGAAAGUCAAGAGGGAGAGGUAUACAUGUUGUAAAUGAUACUGAAGCAUUUAGAACUAUUGAACCACUUGUAGUCUAAAAAUAUCUUAAAAACCCAUUCUUACUCAAUGGACAUAAAUUUGACAUGAGAAUUUAUGUUCUAGUAACAUCGUUUAAUCCCCUUGAAUGCUUUAUUUAUAAAGAGGGAUUAGCAAGAUUUUCAACCGUUCCAUUUUCACUAGAUCCAUCUAAAAUGUCUAAUAGACUUAUUCAUUUAACUAAUUACUCUGUUCAGAAAACCUAAUUUAUGUCUUCAAACCUUUAAAAUAGUGCUGGAGUCUAAGUUUAAACUGAUUCUUCUGGAGAAAAAGGUUUCAAUGCAAGAUCUAAUGGGUGGAUAGGUUCUGCUUUUAAAUCAGGCUGUUCUGGUUCUAAAUUAUCCCUAAGUAAUUUGAGAUCAGCUUUACAUUAGAAAUAUGUAUCUUGGGAAUCAGAGAUAUGGCCUUAAGUUAAAGAGAUUGUUUUAAAGACAUUAAUCGCUGGCUCAUACAACAACUAAAUUCCUUACAAUCCCUGUGCUUUUGAACUCUAUGGUUAUGAUAUCAUUAUUGAUUCUAAGAAAAAGUGUUGGCUGAUUGAGGUUAAUUCUUCUCCUAGUUUAGCAACUGACUCUUAAUUAGACGAAGUUAUUAAAAGAGCACUUAUUAAAGACACAAUAAGUGUAGUUGAUCCAGUCGAUUUUGAUCGUAAGAAAUUAGCAGAUGUGCUUUUAAGGAGAUUAAAUGAGUAUCAUAAUGGUGUGAAUAGAUAUAACAACAGAUAAAAUAGCUAAUAGCAAUAAAUGAAUCAAAUGAAUCGAGAUAUUACCUACAUUUUAAAUGGUAAAGUUCCCAGGUAAUUUGGAUAGAUGCCCAUGUACCCUGGAAAUUAUGAAAUGAUCGCCCCUUCGCCUUUAGUCGAUAAAUUAUUGUAAACUAUAAAUCAAAAGGAUAAAUGA